UCGAUAUUAAAAUUCAUGAAUUCAAUUUAUAUUCCUUUUCUUCGACUUGACACGAGUUUGCUUUACUUUGCCCACGGUAGACGUUCUGCGAGAGCAGGCCGCUUCCCCUACGUCAGGCCCGACGCGAACAGCGAGACGCCGAUACCGACGACACACAAUGCGACGACCUCUGGUCAGAUAUCAGUGCGCUCUAUAGACCUCCUCAAGGCCAAAACAGGCCAGAAUCGCCUGGAGCAUCACACGGACCGCUACCAAAGCGAAAACCUUAUUAUCCGUCGUGGGCAAAGCUUUCAGAUGUGGAUAGAGCUCUCACAAGCUUUUAAACCCAAAUCUGACAGACUGCACCUCGAGCUCAGGCUAGGCCUUAUGCCAAUGGUAUCACGAGGCACGCUAGUGACCGUUCCUCUAGUUGAAAAGUUAGAGAAAAAGAGGUGGGAGGCCAAGAUAAUCGAGCAGAAAGACACCAGGAUAAAGCUGUCCGUCAGCAGCCCACCGACUGCUCCCAUCGGUCGCUACGAGCUCAGUGUGAUAACAUGGACCCCGAAAGGAAUCACCAGGUUCAGUCGCAAGUCUGAAAAUGACAUCUACCUCCUGUUUAACCCCUGGUGUGAAGACGACUCUGUGUUUAUGGCUGAGGAGACCGAGAGGAACGAGUAUGUCCUGAACGAUGUGGGGAAGAUCUACUAUGGAAAUGAGAGUCAGAUUGGAAACAGGAACUGGAACUUUGGACAAUUUGCUGAUGGGGUUCUUGCAGCAUGUCUGUUCAUUCUGGAGAAAAGCCGAGCGCUGUCUUCAGGUUGGGGAGACCCUGUGAAUAUCGCCAGAGUCGUCUCCGCCAUGGUCAACUCUAAUGAUGAUCAAGGGGUGAUAGUAGGGAAUUGGUCGAGUAACUAUGACAACGGGACGUCUCCGUUGUUGUGGACCGGCAGUGUGGAGAUUCUGACGCAGUACCACAAAGAUAAAGGAAAACCUGUUAAAUAUGGGCAGUGCUGGGUCUUUGCUGGGGUCACCAACACAGUCCUCAGGUGUUUAGGCAUUCCCACCCGCUGUGUCACAAACUUCAGCUCCGCCCACGACACGGACGUUUCCUUGACGACCGAUGUGUAUUUUGAUGAGAAAAUGAGGCCGAUCGAGAGCCUCAACAAUGACGCAAUUUGGAAUUUUCACGUGUGGAAUGAAACCUGGAUGGCUCGGCCUGAUCUACCGGCUGGUAUGGGGGGUUGGCAGGUGGUGGACGCCACGCCUCAAGAGACGAGUCAGGGCACAUUCUGUUGUGGCCCCGCCCCUGUGUCGGCCAUACGUGAUGGACUGGUCAAUGUCAAAUACGAUGCCCCCUUUGUCUUUGCUGAGGUUAACAGUGACAGGAUCUACUGGCAGAGGAACACAGAUGGCACCUUCACUCAGACCUUCGUUCAGAAGAGCGUCGUUGGCUGCAACAUCAGCACCAAAGCGGUCGGGUCUGACCAGAGAGAGGACAUCACACACCUCUACAAACACCCAGAAGGGUCUGAUGCCGAGCGAAUCUCCGUGGAAACCGCAUCCCGCUACGGCUCCAAGCCUAACACUUACACCAGCGCUGUGGCUUGUGAUGUCACAUUACAGGUCGCCGUGAAAGGGGAGGGGCCGUGGGUGGGAGAAGACGCACAGCUGUCCUUCACCCUGAAAAACAGCAGCGUUGAGAAGCGCAGUAUUGAGCUCUACUGCCAGGUGGCGAUCAUGUACUACACCGGAGUGUUAAACGGCACAGUGAAGAAGGAUGAAAUAGCCGUGAAGCUCAAAUCCAGUGAAGUUCUGACACUAGAUUGGACCGUUCCAUAUGACCUGUAUAAGGAGAAGUUGGUGGAUCAUGCGGCGCUGAUGCUCACCGUGCUCGGACGUGUCAGUGAGACCAAGCAGGUUCUAGCGACCAGGUUCAACUUCCGCCUGCGUACGCCCGACCUCGUCAUCACCCCUGUGGGAGACGCCGUAGUGGGGAGAGAGAUGGCGGCUAAUAUAACGUUUAAGAAUCCGCUGCCGCGCGUCCUGAAGAACGUUGUGUUCCGCAUCGAGGGCUUGGGCUUGCUGAAAGCAAACAACAUCCCCUACGGUGACGUGGGCAGUCAGGCGACCAUCACACACACGGUGAAGUUCACUCCUACUUUAUCUGGUCUGAGGAAACUUCUCGCUUCUCUGGACUGUCAGCAGCUCACACAGGUUCACGGUGCUGCCGACAUCCUCGUCACGGAGAAGUGAAGCGGGUUGGAGAGCAUCGUCUGUACAACUCAGAGAAAUCCAGUCUGAAGUACAUUCAUGUCUAACAUUUAGUAAUAUCUCAUUUUGUUUAUUAGAGUAUUCUGGUUAAAAAGGAUUAGGUUUGUUUGCUGUGCUCUGGUUUGCUUUCUCCACACUGAUGUUUGCACUAAAUCUGUUGGAAUAAACCAGAUGAAGAAAAGACUCA